AUGGCGGAGACUAUGACGCCCAUCAACGUUGGCCUCCUCGGUGCGGCCAACAUUGCGCGUCUCGUGUGGGCCUCCAUCCACCGCGUAGGGCACCGCGUCACGCUGGUUGGAUGCCGCGACAACGACCGUGGCGUGGAAUUUGUGAGGGAAGUGUGCGACGCGCUGAGCAUCCCCGAGGCGACGCGACCACGCGUGACGACGUACGACGAGGUGGUGGCAUCGCCCGACGUGGAUCUUGUUUACAUGCCGAUCCCCGUCACCGCCCGCGACGACUGGGUCGUGGAGUGCGUCGCGAACAGCAAGCACGUGGUGGGCGAGACGCCACCGGCCGCCACGGCGGAGCGGCUGCGCAGCUGGAUCGAGGCCCUUGAUGAGAAGGAGCUGCUCUACAUGGACGGCACCGUGGACUCGCACGGCAAGCGUGUGCAGGAGGUGGCUGCGGCCGCCAAGACGCUGGGGCCGAUCAAGCACAUGCAUUCCAACCACUGCCGCAACGCGCCGCCGGAGUUACUGGGCGACGACGUCCGCACGGAUCCCGCGUUGGAGCCGCACGGCGCCCUCGGUGAUAUGGGCUGGUGCAGCAUCCGCUACUUCCUGCAUGUCAUGGAGCUGCGCAUGCCGGUAGAAGUGACUGGCCGCAUCAUCAAGACGGAUGGCGGGAAGGACGCCAUUGUACAAUUCUCCGGCGAGCUGACGUUCGACGUGGACGGCAACAAGACUGUUGCGUCGCUGUUCGCCGCCCUCAACUCGAUGGAUGAAGGGACGCUCACGGUGGCCGGCACAGAGGCUGUGCUGCGCAUGAAGGACAUGUGCCACCCCAUCAGCGGCAGGCCUGCCAGCUGGACCAUCACACGGGAACGCACAGUGCCGCGUGAGUGCAACUGGGACGUUGUGCGCGAGGUGGAGACGUUCCACACCGACGAGCACACCGAAACGCGGCGCGACAAGAUGUGGGAGGACGUUGGUCACAUUUUGUGCCGCAACGGCGCGGGAAGGUUAGUGGCAAGCGAGGAGCAGCGGCGCUACUGGUCGAUGCUCUCGUGGAAGACGCAGGUGGUGAUGGACCGCAUGCUCGAAAGCGCGCGCUGCUCCGGCUGA